GGCGGCGUGAGGUGAAUAGAGUCAGUCGGCGAGAGGCGCUGGGCGAGCGCGGUGGUGCGGGGAGCCGGCAAGUGCUGCAGUGAGGAGGGACGGGGAGGAGGAGGAGGAAGGGGGGAGGUGGAGAGACGCGGCUCCAACUGUUGAAUUUUCGCUGAAUCUCCACUUACCUGCGGGCGGCUCGCGAGAUGGAUUUGCUUUAUCGGAGACUGGCGUUUCUUUUGCACGCUGCCUGGCUAAGACUGGCGACCGUCUGUUUGAAAGGGGCCACCCAUCAAUGAGGCAGAAAGAAGAAUUUUUAAAGCCCCUCUUGCACAGAUUGCAGAAUUAACUAUGUACUUUGGGUCUGGACUCAAAGGAGAAAAAACAGUGCAGAACUGAGACUCGGAACUAGCUAUGUAUUGGGAACCUAUGAUUUUUUUUUCUUUUAAUAUGAAAGAUCUUUGAUUAUUUCACACAUAGCACUGAGGAAAGGUGGUUAAAAACACUCAGCAAAGCAGGAGACAGACGCGCCUCUGUGCCAGUGAGUGGAUAACAGCCUUGUUUUCCUGAUCCUCAGUCUCCCGGAGAAAGAGGUAUAGUAAAAGUGCAGCUGAAUCUGACACCCCCCUCUCCCAUUCUUUUUCCCUCCUUCUAAAACAUUAAAUCUGAUAUUUUUUUCUGUCUAUAGAGUGAGUCAGAAAAGCGUUAGGAAGAAGCUGCAACUAAUGUCUGUGAAGGGAGGAACAUGAGGCGGUAGUGAAUGUGAUUUGUUCUGCUGGAUCUGACUCAUCUAGCAGAUUGAAACACCUGCAUUUCUGGAUGUGUCAUUCAUUUAUUUCUGGCUGUUAAAAGAACCUGAAAAAAAAAUUAGUUCCCUCUCCUCAAUAUUUACCUAUACCUCAUAUUACUGGGAAAGGUAGAUCGUAGCAGGGCUGGCGUUGCCGCUGGUCUUCACCACCCUAACUCCCCCCCCCUCCCCCCCCGUACACACACACAUAAACCAAUAUGUCCAGAGAGACUGCUAAAGCUUAGAGGGACUGCUAAAAUGCGUUAUGCCAACCACGGAACUGCAUAGGUUUCAAUAGAAGCGAAUUAGUCGAUUAAAAGAUCUGCCACUUUAUUCAUCACCAAGAUUGUUUUUCCUCUUCCUCUCCCCUCCCUUAGAUGAAGAGGACUAGGAGGCAGUGUCAUUGGAAGGAGAUGCUGAAUAGAAAGAAAAGAGAGGCACUUGACAGCGCAGCCCUGUGAAUGCAGAGACUGUUUCCCUUUUAGCGAGAGACUAAGAGAGAGUGUGUAGUGGCUUUUUUCUUUCUUUCUUCCUUUCUUUCUCCCCCUUCCCGCUCUCUGGCUUUUUUUUUUUUAAAUCCGUGCGUCCAGCCAUGGGUUGCCUGUUGAUUUCCUCUCGACUGGAGAGAGAAGCAAACUGGAAUUAAACUGCAUUGAGAAAAGUGCAGCUCCUCAGACACACACACGCAUAGAUACACAGAGAGAAAGGAUGUGGUGGUGGCGGCGGCUACUGGCCUGUCUUAAAGAAACCCAAGUGUGCAUCUGAGCACAGCCUGUGAUUUCUCUCAAAAUAUAUAUUUACUGCUAAUAAUGAUGAUCAGCUGGUGGGUUUCUUAAUUAUUUUUUCCCCCUCCACGCAGGAGUGGGAGGCUGGUAGUAGAGGGAGAGAAAGGAAACUACAAAUCCGGACACUAUUUUUUUUUUCCCCGUUUUGUGUUUUCCCUCCUACACUGCAAUUCCCAUUCCCUCGUCUUCUGAUUCGGGAAGGAAAGAGUGAGUACAUACGAGACAGGGGAGAAAUACCGAUGGCAGCGAGAUGCAGUUCGCUGCCGCAAGCAAUGCAAGAUUAGAUCUCUAAAUGCAGCAAAACACUCCCUGAAAACCAACAACCCCGCGGUGCAAUCAGACAUUUCACUGCCUCUCACUGCACACGAAGAGGGCUUCAACAACAAGCUGAGACUUUCUUCUCCUUCCGUCUCCCUCCUGCUCCCCCCCCCCCACACUCCACUCCAUCAAUCGCAUCACAAGCGAUGAGUAGCAAAUAAGCUUUUUCCCCCUGCUUACAGCCCUGUGGCCACCCCUUUUUCCCAUGUAUAUAUAAAUACAUCUAUUAAAAAAAAUCUUUUUGACCGUUUUUAGAGAAACAACCACCGUCGCCGAUAUUUUUAUUAUUAUUUUUAUUGUCCUUUGUACAUCGGAGAUUCAAGCAUCGGGAACGCUUCGCCUCCCCGGAGGACAAGAUCUUUUUGCAAUUUUUCUGGUUUUUGAACUCCUCCUCCUCCUCCUCCUCCUCCCACUGCUGAAGUUGGACAGCCGAAGUAACUGCGAAGGGAUCGUAAGCAUGGCAAAGCGCUUGCUGAAACGCUGCUGAAGCUGCUUCCCCCCCUCCCCCCCCCCCCCCCCCCCCGAGCUACAUGGUCCAUUUGCUGCCUCUCAUCCUGUGUCUGCAGAUGUUUUAGAGCAACAGGUUCAGGAACUUAAAAUAUAGGGGUUGGGAGAGAGAAGGCAAAAAAAAAAAAAAAAAAAAAAAAAGAGAGAGAGAGGAAGACGACUAAACCCAGUGCAGGAGGCAGAGAAGACGGGGGCAGCCCUGGUCGCUGCUGCAGCUGCUGCCACCCCACCCCCAGCACGGGGAUGUACCUUUCCAUUUGUUGCUUCUUCCUCUGCUGGGCUCCCGCCCUGUCGCUGAAGAACCUGAAUUACUCAGUGCCGGAGGAGCAGGGAGCGGGCACGGUCAUUGGGAACAUCGGCCGCGAUGCGCGGCUGCAGCCGGGCGCGGCGGGCAGCGGGCUGCUGCCCCCGGAGCGUGGUGGCGGCAGUGGCCCCGGCAGCCGCGGCUCCAAGUCCACCUUCCGGGUGCUGGAGAACUCGGCGCCACACCUCCUGGAUGUGGACGGCGAGAGUGGACUGCUCUACACCAAGCAGCGCAUUGACCGCGAGGCGCUGUGCCGGCGCAGUGCCAAGUGCCAGCUGUCGCUCGAGGUGUUCGCCAACGACCAGGAGAUCUGCAUGAUCAAGGUGGAGAUUCAGGACCUGAACGACAAUGCGCCGACUUUCCCCUCCGACCAGGUGGACAUGGACAUCUCGGAAAAUGCUGCGCCGGGCACACGCUUCCCCCUCACCAGCGCCCAUGAUCCAGAUGCCGGGGACAAUGGGUUGCGUACCUACCUGCUCACCCGUGACGACUACGGCCUAUUCUCCCUCGAUGUGAAGUCUCGUGGAGACGGCACAAAGUUCCCAGAGCUGGUGAUCCAGAAGCCUUUGGAUCGUGAGGAGCAGAGUCACCACACCCUGGUACUGACAGCACUGGAUGGUGGUGACCCACCGCGCUCAGGCACAGUGCAGAUCAAUGUGCGCCUCAUUGACUCCAAUGAUAACAGCCCCAUCUUUGAGGCUGCUUCCUAUGUGGUGGAGCUGCCGGAGAACGCGCCACUGGGCACUGCCGUCAUAGACCUCAAUGCCACUGAUGCCGACGAGGGCACCAACGGGGAGGUGCUCUACUCAUUUAGUGGCUACGCGCCCGAACGUGUCCGUGACCUCUUCAGCAUUGACCCGCAGAGCGGCCUUAUCCGCGUCAAGGGCAACCUGGACUAUGAGGAGAACGGCCUCAUUGAGAUUGACGUCCAGGCCCGAGACCUGGGGCCCAAUCCUAUCCCUGCACACUGCAAGGUCACCGUCCGCCUCAUCGACCGCAAUGACAAUGCACCCACCAUUGGCUUUGUCUCCGUUCGCCAGGGAGCGCUGAGCGAGGCCGCCCCGCCAGGCACUGUCAUCGCCCUGGUGCGGGUCACCGACCGUGACUCAGGCAAGAACGGGCAGCUCCAGUGCCGGGUGCUGGGCGGUGGCGGCGGGCCCGGUGCUGUCCCCUUUGCCCUGGAGGAGAACUAUGACAACUUCUACACUGUGGUCACUGACCGGCCUCUGGACCGUGAGGCACAGGACGAGUAUAACGUGACCAUCGUAGCCCGUGAUGGGGGCAGCCCCCCGCUCAACUCCACUAAGUCCUUCUCUGUCCGAAUCCUUGACGAGAAUGACAACCCACCCCGCUUCAGUAAGAACCUGUAUGUGCUGCAGGUGCCUGAAAACAAUAUCCCUGGAGAAUACCUGGGCUCUGUCUUGGCCCAGGACCCUGAUCUGGGCCAAAAUGGGACAGUCUCUUACUCCAUCCUGCCUGGGCACGUUGGUGAUGUCUCCAUCUACACCUACGUCUCUGUCAACCCCACAAAUGGUGCUAUCUAUGCCCUGAGGAGCUUCAACUAUGAGCAGACCAAGCACUUUGAGUUUCGUGUGCUGGCCAAGGACUCAGGUUCACCCCACCGCGAGAGCAAUGCCACAGUACGCGUCACUGUGCUAGAUGUCAAUGACAAUGCACCUCUCAUCGUCCUGCCUGCCCUCAUCAAUGACACCGCCGAGCUGCAGGUGCCUCGCAAUGCUGGUGUGGGCUACCCUGUGGGCACUGUCCGCGCCCUGGACAGUGACUUUGGGGAGAGCGGGCGCCUCACGUACGAGAUUGUGGAAGGCAAUGAGGAGCACCUCUUUGAGAUGGACCCAACUAGUGGUGAGAUACGCACCUUGCACCCCUACUGGGAGGAACUCAGCCCUGUGGCUGAACUGGUGGUAAAAGUCAGUGACCAUGGCAAGCCCAGCCUCUCUGCAGUGGCCAAGCUCAUUGUCAGGGCUUUGGCUGGGCCCCUGCCCGAGGCUGGCGAGCCGCAAGUGAAUGGCGAGCAGCAUCGGCGACCACACUGGGACUUGUCACUGCCCCUGAUCGUGACCCUGAGCACUGUCUCCAUCAUCUUGCUGGCUGCCAUGAUCACUAUUGCCGUGAAGUGCAAGCGAGAGAACAAGGAGAUCCGCACCUAUAAUUGUCGCAUUGCCGAGUAUAGCCACCCUCAGCUGGGAGGAGGGGGAGGCAGUGGCGGGGGAGGAGGAGGCAGUGGCAGUGGAGGGGGCAAGGGCAAGAAGAAGAAGAUCAGCAAGAAUGACAUUAUGCUGGUGCCCAGUGAGGGCGAGGACAGCCGGGGCCCCCUCAAUGUCAUGAACGUGGUGAGCAGCCCAUCCCUGGCCACCUCACCCAUGUACUUUGACUACCAGACCCGCCUGCCCCUCAGCUCUCCCAGGUCUGAGGUGAUGUACCUGAAGCCCGCCUCCAACAACCUGACUGUACCCCAGGGACAUGUGGGCUGCCACACCAGCUUCACAGGGCAAGGGACUAACGCCAGCGAGGCUCCCCCGAGCCGGAUGUCCAUAAUUCAGACAGACAAUUUUCCCGCAGAGCCCAAUUACAUGGGCAGCAGGCAGCAGUUUGUUCAAAGUAGCUCCACGUUCAAGGAUCCAGAAAGAGCCAGCUUGAGGGACAGCGGGCAUGGGGACAGUGAUCAGGCUGACAGUGACCAAGACACUAACAAAGGCUCCUGCUGUGACAUGUCUGUUAGGGAGGCACUCAAGAUGAAAACUACUUCAACUAAAAGCCAGCCACUUGAACAAGGUUGACUUCACUGAGUCACAGAUUCUGCAUGCCACUUGGGAGGUCUCCAUAAGAGUUAGAGAAAAUGCAAACAACACCAGCAAGUUUUGAGAACUCGACAGAUUUUGCUCUGUGUAUAGGAGAUAAGCAGGACAUUCUUGAUGUAAUUAUUAACCCCUUACAACUGUCACCAGUUGUACUCAUGGGAUAGGAUGAAUAUUCACGAUAUAAUAAGAUUACAAUGUAUGUUAAGCAUUUCCUUUGUAAUGCUUCAUAACAUCUUAUUAAGUUCUCCUCUAUUUGUGAUUCUUUACCUGCUUUCACUCAAGUGUCUCUAAAGCUUCUUGUUAAGAGAAAGCAUUUUAACAGCUGUCCUUAAGCUUUGGGAUGAAUGUAUUAUGGAUAUAGAACUGUCUUCACACCUACAGUCACCUCUUUUCACUUGUUUGUGCAGUGAACACCUCCAGCUUCUUGUCGAUGCACUUGAUUGCAGCAUAAGAGGUUUACAGGGUCAAAGCUAGUCUUGUAUCUUUUGUUCUGUCAUGCAAGUCGUGUCAGCUUUACUCUCAUAAACAUGACUUUUUUGUACUUUUAUAAUUACAGUAUAUCAAUAGCAUAAUUAAAUAUUUUUCUUCCAUUUGUAGGAUGGUAGUUUUCUCUAUAAUAUAUCCAACAAUAUCGUUGUGAAUGACUGCAUGUAUGCACGUAUGUGAAGGUGAUCUGUGUUAUAAAUUGUCAGUGGGAUGGAAUAAAUUGCCUUUGCCUUGUACCUUUGCCCAACUCACCUGCCUCCAGCCCACUGUUCUCUUUUGCCACAAUUUAUUUUACCAUUCCAAACUUACAAAUACUUCACACAAGUGAAAACAACUAAAAAUGAUAAACUGCUAGAUAUUUAUAACUGAAAAUUCACCCUUGCCCCAAAAUUUACCAGGUGAAGUUCACAUCUGUAGCUUUUCUAUAUAUACAAAUGCCACUAUUAUAUGACCCAAUUCAGGAAUGCAUUCAUGCUUGAUUUUAGUCAUGUGUGAUCCCACUGAAAAUGAGGAAAAAUAUUUACUCUUUUUAAAAUCUCAUAAAAGAUGAAAGAUGAAGACAUAUAAUGUGAACAGUUGAACAACAAAUUUGAUGAGUCUUAUGCAGUGAGCACCCAGCAUACCUGAAGAAAUUGAAAGAGGACAUAAAAUAAACAAGAUUUUUUAAAAGAAUUUUGUCUUUUCCUGUUCCAAUCUCUUGAAACUUCCUGUGAUUUUGGUGGAUGGAGAGAGGCUUUAGACAGGCAAAAAAAAUCUUGAAUUUAGGUGUGUUUUAUUCUCCCAGACUAUUACUGUAUUUUAAGAUAAUCACAUGGCACAAGUUAAGAAUUUUAUCUAUAUUACAGAUCCAUUCUCAGAAGACUUUGCAAUCCCCAUUGCAGCCUUUGAUAAUUCAAUUAGUCUCUCAAAAAGUUGGGAGUAGCUGAUAAAUUCACUUUAAUGUUAAGUCAAGUACCCCAGCAGGUUUCUCUUAAUAUGAUCACUUCUUAGGGAGUGUAGCUCCAGAAGUGAUAUCUCCCAAAUGGAACUUUUUACAAGGAAUAUGUGGGACUUUAAAACAGAUUAAAAGAACUCUCUUUACCAACAUACCUUCUCACCAUUAAUAAAGUUACUUCAGAUCAUGGCAGUGAUCUCAUUCACUCAGAUGGUUGUCCAUCUAGUCUAAUUUAAUUUAAUUGGCAACCUUAGCGCCCUCCAUGGAACAGUUUCCAUGAAUAUGAUGAAUGAUCUCAGGAACAGAGAAUGCCAUUAAACAAGCUGAAUUUAACCCUUCACUUUAAACUUUGUCUUUUGGGAUUCCCAAAUCCUAUUGGCAGACACUGAUUGCUCAAUAAUAAGCAGGAGGGGAUUAGCUACAUCUGCAUUGACCGUGUCUUCAGAGGCUGCUAACAAUAACGCCAGCUCUGUUUGUCUACCUCUAGGAAAAGAACAAAGAAUACAUGUUAGAAGCAAAAGAUGAACAAAAGGAUUUAGUGUGGUAAAUAGAUGCAUGUCCCUGUAGAAAUCAGACAGCAAAGCAUAGAGAGGAAAAAAAAAUCCAAAUAAGAAAAUGUUGCUUUUGUAACUAUUGUAAUGUAACUAUUGAAACUGUAUUGAAAAUGUAACUAUUUACAACCAGUUGGCCUUAAUAGGCAGAUUUUCAUUGACCUUCUGUACAGGAUUACAUUUUUGCUAGAAGGAAGACUUGAAUUUUAGAUGUAGUCAUCCAUGUCAUCAAAGAUGCAUGUUGUCAUCAUAGUUACAGCAAGUUAACUGUGACACUGAAAGCAUGUAGAAAUGCUGUAUUUUCCUCUCCAAAGGUAGAAAAUAAAAAAUCAACAGAAAUAUAUGUAUCCCUCUCUGUGUGAAAUGCUUUAUACUCUAUUUUUACUCCACUUGGAUUUCCCGUUUUAAAUUAAAUAGGUUAUAAUAUUCAUGGAUGGCAUUUGGUGAUUGUUUUAUAAACAGAGAAAAAUUUUAAAAUACAUUAUUUUAGAUUUGAUUUUUUUUUCAAAGAAAGAGACUGACUGCAAAUAAAUGCAAACAAAUUAAUUUCUGAUGAACUAGUUCUUUGAAACUUUAAGGAAGAUGUUUUAUGUAGACAUAGAUUUAAUAUGUCAUCUCUUCUGUUUUCUACCUUACUUCUGUUUUCUAACUCUGAAGAUUAGAGACUUACAUAAUCACUGUUUUUCUAUACAGGCUGGUUAUCCUAGUAAGGAAUCGUCCCUUAUUUCUACUUACUAAUUUUAUUUUUUUAAUGUAAUUUUUGUUAUUAUUAUUUUCCCUUUAGUAUAUCCUUAGAUUUUCUCUACCCAAAAGACACUCUAAAGCUGAUAAUAUAUAUCCAGGGAUAUUUUGUGGAGAUUAGCAUUACUGUUCUGCUCCAAAAUAUUCCUUUGAAGUUACACAGAUGCAAUGAACUGCGUCCGAAAAUGUUGGAGGCAGAUUAGAACAUCCAGCCGCAACUGAAUUUACUUGAAUAUGGUGUAGGCCGGUAGGGCCCUGUGUCUGAAUGUAGCUCUGGUGAUAUAUCACAGGAACAUUUUAUAAUGCAGAUGCACUCUGCAGGAUUGCCAUCACUAGUUUUUCACCUGAUUAUGUUUUAAAGAAAUUAAUUGCUAAAUAUGUGUGUCAGCUUUUUGCAGAAUUCUGGCUGAUAUUUUAUGAAGACAGUUGUUGACAAUAUGCAGAUCCUUGUUUAUCACCCCUGCCUAGCUCUCUUAGAAAUACCAUCAUUGAAACAAAUAGCACUUGCUAAAACAAACUGAAAAUUUAUUUACAGAAGGAAUAUUUGGGUUGAUGUGUGAAAGCCGUAGACUUAAUGAAUGGAAGAUCUCAGUCCUACUGAACUUUUAAAAUAAGAAUUUUGAGCUCAAAAUUGUUUCCAAUAAUGGAAUUGUUGAUUAGUAGGAAUCCCAAAUAGGCUGCUCUAUUCCAAUAAAAAAUAAAAUAUUUUGUUCUUGGAAAAGAUAGAAGUAUAAUACUAUGAUUUGCUUUUGGGAAUUUCAAAUAACGUAACAUCUGACUCCAAAAGCCAAGGCUAGCAGUUCUGUAAUCUCAGGACAGGCAGGCAGGCAGGCAGGCAGGUAUGCAAAAUCUGUUAAAUAAGUAUGGGCUAUGAUUCACAAAGAUUCCUUUCUGUCAAUUUCGUAGUUAAGCAAAAAUUAAAUCUAUACUUUGGUACCAUUUUCAGAAAAUCUGUAAGUUUGAACUGGUGUUAAAAGGGAAGACUGGACUUCAGCAUCUUUGUAAGUGCCCGCUGCUUCUUCUACUGAGUUUAGCAUUCAGCUGGACCUGCAAACCAACAGAACCUGUGCUGCAAAAGCAAGGUACUGUUCAAGGUUAGAAGAGUGUCUCUUGGAGAGAAAGGCUUUGGCUCCCGUCUGCCUCUGUAUCUAAAUUCCAGGAGGAGUUAGGAUGAUAUCUUGAACAUACCUCAUGGGACAGCUUGUUCUGUACACAAAGUAUAGCUGAUCAGAUGGUCUUCAUAUAUCUUGCUAGAUUCUUGGAAAUAAAAUAAAAAUCAAAGCUUCUUCAUACUGUGCCAGAUAUCUUGCCUGUGUAAAGAUGGCAGCACCUCUACAUCAGCAAAGCCACUCUCUUCUAGGGUUCUGACAAGAACUCGGUUGGAACCAGACCUGCAGCCUCAAGGAGGCAGCUGAUCAGCUAUAAUUUGCCUCAGUGAAGAGCAGCAGAUCCCAGUGUGUUCCUUCAGGCAUUCAAAAUGCAGCACUUUGACAAAAAAUUUAAUCAUAAAAAAGAGAGAGAGAAAAAAAUAGUAGUAGCUUGGUAUCAGCACAGUAGCACAGUAUUAGAGGAGAAAGAAAGUUACUUCACUUUUGCAGGGAAAUAAUUCAGUGGAAAAGCAUCAUGAAUCUUGAUUUGACUAGAUGAUGAAUGAAUAUUAUGUGGAAAUCCCAGAGAUAGAUAGUACAUAUGUGUUAUCACUGAGAUACUACUUUGCAAAGGGAAUUUUUUCCUACCAAAUAGGUAGGAAUAUUAGGAGCACAGUGUGGAAAAGGGGAUUCACAAUGCUGAGUUAGACAUCUAAAUUCUAUCCCUUGAACUGGGGAAAACUGGGCCCUUAGAAUCAGGAAAGAUAAUCUGCUGUGUGCCGAAAAGCUUCAACCAGCUAAUAGGAAAAGCCAGAAUGAUGGGUAUGUCUCUAACACUAAAUAGAUAACUUCACAACGUUAAAUCCCUGCAUAUUAAGUGAAGAUAGGUAGGCCCAUCUGGGAGAUGUUUUAGAUCUGGAGCCUACCAUAGGCAUUCUGAAUGGCUCUUUGAAGCCAUCUUUCACUGUCGUCUAUGAAGAUAGAAUAAGAAUUCAAGACUAAUUUUAAUCACUAGAAAUUAGAUGAUGUGGCUAUCUCUGUUUCUUGAAUGAGAUUAGUCUCUCUCUUAUAGCUGCUGUUAAGCAUCUGACGAAACUAAUAUUCAGAGUCUGAGUCCACUUCCUGUGUGUUUCUUUUUAAUCUCUUGAUUGACAAGAACUCUCCCAGAAUUCCCUAACUGCUAGAUUAGGUUAAAGCUCCCUCUUGCUUGUUUCCCUGUUGCACGAUAGUAAAGCUCAAACAAAAGGGGUGAAAAACUAUAGCAGAGGCUCUCAGCAAGCUUGUCUUCCCUGCUCACCAGGAGUCAGUGUACGCAGUAGGAGCUGCAGGUUUGACCAAGUCUCCUAAAGAAUCUAUAGUUCAAUUCUUCAACUUCAAGGGUAUCUUUCUGUAAUGUGCACACCAACGCUAUUCACAAUAAUAAUUUAAACUGAACUUAAGGUAAACUGAGCAAGUUAGAUGUGCCUGCUCAGGUUUAGAAAUCAGGCUCUUCAGAGAUGCUUUUUUCUUUUUUUCCUGAAUCUCAAAAAAACUGAAGCAGGUACAGUUGCCUGGGUAGGACGAUGCUUUAUAGCCUUGUUCAUAAAAAGAAAUCUUAGUGAAAGAAACACCUUGAGCAUAUUUCAUUUUUUUCUGUUGUGAGAGAUGUCAGAUGUCAAAUUCACAGCAGCUUUUUUAGGUGUGUCAUCAUCACUCCCCACCCCCUGAAGAACCCACUUGUGUACAUUUUCCCAAUUAGAGGCAUUUUUUACUUUGCUGGUUUUUUUUUUUUAAUGAGAGCAUUGACACAAAUGUUAAAAUAAUUUCAAACGACCUUCAAUUUUUUUUCUCAUAGCAUUAGUUCUAUGCAACUACCUCUAUCUUUUAAUGAAUCAUUCUUCUGUAUAUAACCAAAUAGCAGGAUUUGCCAUGAUCUUUGAUAUUUUCAAAAUAUUUGAAAUCUCAGAUCAAGCACUUUGCCUGAGUCUUGAUUUCACGGACAACAGUGAGCUGAAUAGUACACUAACAUGUAAAGUUCCCCCUCAUAUCACCUAAAAACAUUUAUGACAUCUCUUCAGAAUUGAUCCUGCUUUGCCUGGCAAAUAAUUAGGUCCUCUGAAGUCUGAUGUGGGUAAAAGAGGGAGGAGCAACAAUUGAGGGGGGAAAGAAAAGAAAGAGAGAAGAAAUGGGAAACAUAGUUCUAUAUAAAACAUUUCUAGAGAAAACAGCUCUGUCUGAUUAAGAGACUGUACGAAAUGCCAAAUGUCAUGCUAAGAAAAGAGCACAAUUUCUAUUUAAAGAUAUUCAGAAGACAGAAGUAAAAUAUUUUGCUGAUAGCCAUAGUGCAGAGCUCUUUGCAAAUCUUGCCAAUAAUGCAAAAAUAAUUCUACAAAAUCACAUACAUCCUUUUAAUUUAUUUCUUUUGUAUUAACAACCCAGGUUAGAGUUCUUUAUAUAGUAAAACUAGGGACAAUUAAGUCUGUUUAACACAGAGAUAGAUGCCAGAUGUAUGCAUGUAGCAGUUACAGUGGAAGCAUAUGCAUAGUAUCAACUCUGCAAAUACUUGGGCUCCCUAGGCACUCAACAGUUUUGAAGCUAAGGGAGGGAAUGUUUUUAUGUUAUAACAUUUUCCCUUGGUGGUAGCAAAUUAGCUGCCUUGUAUCCAUCUUCAGCUGGAACUGCAGAGUCACUUGAGAGCUUACAAAUAAGUUGAGCGCUCUGCUAAACUGCUUGUUAGAUACCUGAGAAGUAUGAUACAUACCGUAUGCGUGCAGUAACAGGUAGAUUAAAGGAAAAAAAUGUUUGUUUUUUUUUAUUUUUUUCCCCCACAAGAACAAAUUUUUCCUACCUUAAUUCCUUACAGAAUUUGUGCAAGGUCAGACUGAGCCUUGCUUUCAUGUAUGGUGCUCUGCACACAGGUUUUGUCUCCUUGAGAAUUAAAGAAACUCUGUUUCUCAAAAAAUUCCCAAACAAAUACCCCCCCCCCCCAAAAAAAAAAAAAACAAAAAAACAAAAAAACAAAGCAAAGCUACCUUUUAUUAGAAAACUCAGGGGCUGUUUCUGAAAGAAAAGAUGAAAUAGCUAUCGGGGCCCAGUUUUCUCUGCUUCCCAUUACCUGUUAUACUAAGGAUCAAGCCAAAAAUAUCUGUAGACAUCUCGUCCCUUUCUUUCCUUUAGAACAAAAGGGCUAGGAGGAGGGGACACCCAUUAAUAUCAAAAUCAAGGAAAUCACAGUGGAAAAUAUACAUGGAACUAUAAAUUAAGUAAAUAUCAUCAGUGAUGAGUUCCAAUAAAUCAAAAGGUCUCUGAGUACCCCAAGAAAGUCUAUCAUGUCUGACUCUAUAAUAUCUUUUGCAACAUUUCAUAGCAUGUCUGCCCCAUUUCUAGUAUUGUAGUAUCUUCACCAUCAUUUCUUCAUUUCAUUUUCUUAAAGGACAGACACUAACCAACAUAUUCUGAAGUUCCUUCCGUAGAUAAAAAUUAGCAGCUGUAACUUCUACUUGCUUUGUCAGAGCACUGUUUAACUUACCUAGUGCCUUGUAUAGCAUUCAGGUAAAUAAACUGAGGGCACAGUGAAGAGAAAUUGCACUGACUGCAUCUCAUUUUUUGGUGAUAUUUCUAGCUUGUGCUUAAGUCCAUGUCCAGGACUAUAGGAGUUCUUAAAGGAACAUGAUUCAGGUGAUGGGUUGCUAGACACCAGAAAAGUAGCUUCUAACAGGAAAUAGGCUUAAAAAGUGAAACCAUUAGUGAAAGCAAAGGCUACAUAAUAGUGCCAUCUGAAAUACACCCUGAAAUACUUAGUUUCCUGAAAGGUAUGUUUUGUCUUGUCACAGUGCUCAGACAUCAGUACAACAGAUUAAGCUGUAACAAAUGGAAGGAUGACUGACAAAAAGGUGACUCUCAGUUGAACAGCUCAGCUGCUGCUGCAAAAAAGAGUAACUAGCAAAUGAGAUUUUCUGUAGUAGUGUUGUUAAGACCUAUAGUCUCAUAAUUAUGAUCCUGAAAAUAUAAGAAAGCAAUGUGGAACUCAAGGUUCUCAAUGAAGUAUCUGGGAAAAUGAAGACAUGAAUACUCUGAGAUCAUCUUCAGUAGGUAUCUUUCAGAGAUUCAUUUACAGUUCAUACAGAACCUGAAAAUUUAUCAACUCAGUUUACAAGUACAGUUCUCUUUACCAAACUACUUAUACUUGCAGCAUUAGAUUCCAAGUGGCAUCCUUAAUUUUUCUUUCUGAUUGAUCUAAUUGGAGCAGCAUCCAGGCAGAAAGUGAAGUAGCAUUAUGAAACUCAAAUUACUGAAAGAAUGUAGGUGCUUCAUAAAUUGACUUAUGGGGAAUUCCACCCUAGAAAUCUAUUUUGAAGGUAGUAAUAAAACAUAAUACCAGCAAUCUGCUAAAUAGUCUAGGAGACCAUCUAGUCAAACGAUAAUAUGCAAUAAUAUGAAUAUGCUACUUAUCAUGGCAUAGGUGAGAUUCCAAAAGAAAUUGUUAAAUCAUUUUUUUCCCUUUUCCCAUAAAUAUAUUUUUAUAUCUAUUUGUCCAAUUGAGGAUUCCUUAAGAUGCCUGGACCACUGUAUAGCCAGCAUUUUUCUGAGAGCAGAAUCAUGAAAAGCACUUUUCCAUUUAUUCUGUCAGAUGCUUUCUACCUCCCAUGAAGUCCAAAGUGUAUGACCCUUGUGCAACAUCAGCCUUUUGAAGCAGAGAAUGAUACUCAGUGGGCUUUUCCAUCUAUCAGUGUAAAACAGACAUGGUCUCAUUAUGUCUGGUAAAAGAGAUUUUAAAUGUAAAUCCAGGCAUGCUGGCAGGAGUGUGAGGGAAGCAAUACUCUCACCAAAGUAGCCAAAUUUAGGAUGGUUCAGUUUCCGUACUGCCUUUGCUCUUUUAUGUGAGACUUUAUAAAGGAAAACUCAUAGAGUUUAAAAAGCUUUAAUGCAUUGAUUCUGUAUCAGACAAAAUCAUGCUCUGACACAGAACUCCAUAUAUUUCCAUUCAAGAUAGUUAGGAUAUAAGCAGAGCCAUCGAAAGGAUAUAGAAACAAAUUUCUUCAGAAACCUAUUGUGUUUCUCUCGGUGGCACCCUCAUCAGUCAACAUCUGUAAACAGGUUGUCAUCUCCAAAUUUGAGAGAAGCUUACAAAGCAAAAAGCUUAGUGCCUUCUAAUUAAAGACUUGUAUACUGAGAUAAUUGAUAGCCAGUGAAGAGGACUCAGUGGUAUAACAUAUAGCUAAUCAUCGGUGGUUUGAUGGUGUGACAGAUGGGGAUAGCUUUAAAUUAUGGACCUUUUUAACGUUGGUAUUUUCAGGAAAUGCCAAUAGCCUGAUUAUAUUCUCAUUAAUGUUGUCUUUCCUUCUCAUUCAUUGCUUUUGUUUGUCAUAAUCACUUGUUACCUCUUGCCUGUAACUGUGCAAUCUAUUAUCGGUUGUAUAGGACGCAGCACAAUGGGCCUGGUUCCUGACUGAAUUCCUAAACUUUGCCACAGUGCAAAAUACAGCGCUUGUAUUUACUAAAUAUUGCACAUUAGAUAUGGAAAUUACUGCUAUUACAAUUAUGAUGAGCUCACAAUGAAGUAAGUUAGCAGAAAAGAGCAUGAAUACCAUGCAAUAUCUGCAAAUGAUUACACAAAUUUGGUUAAGUUUCAGAUUAACAGUUAUUCCAUUUUUACAGGCCAGUCCUGAAACAAUCCCUCUGUAAAAUCUGUGGAACUGCCUUGACCAAGAAUAGGAGAAUACGCUGCAUUAAAAAUGUCCUUUUUAACAGAUCUGCAAAUGUGUUUUCUUCCAUUAACUUUUGCAGUUUUGUUUCUCUUCUUUUCCAGGAAACAGUUCUUGGGCUCUACAACAAGGAUUUACUGUUUAAAACUAAGAAUUUGUCAGAUAAGCCACUAAAGUUUUUCUGUGAAAGUUUCUCAACUGAGUGCAGAGCCGGCACAGCUAGAUCCUACACCUUGCUCCCCGCAGCCCUGGGCUAGGAAGUUUUUAGGAUGGACAAGGCAGAGGCCAUAAUGUCUUUUCACAGCUGUCCUAUAGUCCUUUGGCAGCCGUAACACAACUGGCCCAAAUGAUAGCAGGUCCCAGCCUUUCCGUAGUCUGACUCGCAGGCAGACUUUGGAAGCCAAAUCUGGGUGUUCGUUCCCAACACCUUCUCUUUCUCCUCUACUGGGAAGGAAGCGGGACAUGCUUUCUGGUACUUGGACCAACACUCUUGUCCCUCACUGCUCACAGUGGCCACAGCCUGAUAGGAAAGCAGGUAAUGAAGCCAGAAUUGGGUAACGAACCCAGAGUUUUGCUCUCCUCUCCAUUCUUCUGUGCGAUUUUGCUAGGCGGCUGCAGUGGAAAAGGACCAGCAUCUUCUGAGGCAGCUCACCUUGCGCCAUGGCUCUGCCUGGGGCUGUCUGAGAAGCAGUGUCCUUUCCCUCCUGCAUCUCCAUGCAUGGGUCAAAGAACACAUUUUUCAGUUCACAGCCAAAUAUAAACUUGUGUGUUUAUACAGUCACCUUUGGGAGUGAAAAUUUCAUAGGGAAAAAUUUCAAGGGCCACGACUGUGUCUAGACCACAGAUAGAAAAGUUUUUUUUUUUUUUUUUUGUCCUGCUGGGGAAGUUUUGACAUUGCUGGGAAUUUCAGAAGCAGAGCCUAUCCCCGUCUGUGACUCACAGGUCUGAUUUUC